CUCUCUGUCGGUGGGUUUGGAGGGUUUCUAUGAUGCUAGUGUGUCUAUUUCAGUGGGUGUCUGGCCUGUCCUCUCCUCCUCCCUGCCACAUGCAGGCUUGUUUUGAGGUCUCCAAGGUCUGCUAUGUCCUCCGACUUCUUUCUUAGUGACUUGUGCUGUGUGAGACAAUCUCAUUCGGGUGAUGGCAAAAGCAAAGAAGCAGAGAUAAAGAGAAUAAACAAAGAACUAGCCAACAUUCGGUCAAAAUUUAAAGGUGACAAGGCUCUGGAUGGUUACAGUAAGAAAAAGUAUGUCUGCAAGCUACUCUUCAUCUUCCUCCUGGGGCAUGACAUUGACUUUGGCCACAUGGAGGCUGUAAAUCUACUGAGUUCUAACAGAUACACAGAGAAACAAAUUGGGUAUCUUUUCAUCUCCGUACUAGUGAACUCCAACAGCGAGCUGAUUCGUUUGAUAAACAAUGCAAUCAAGAAUGACCUGGCCAGCCGCAAUCCUACCUUCAUGGGACUAGCUUUGCAUUGUAUAGCCAAUGUGGGUAGCCGUGAGAUGGCAGAAGCAUUUGCUGGAGAAAUUCCAAAAAUACUUGUAGCGGGAGACACCAUGGAUAGCGUGAAGCAGAGUGCUGCUUUGUGCUUGCUGCGUUUGUACAGAACUUCUCCUGACUUUGUUCCCAUGGGAGACUGGACAUCCAGGGUGGUGCAUCUCCUCAAUGACCAGCACUUGGGUGUGGUUACUGCUGCUACCAGUCUUAUCACUACCUUGGCACAGAAGAACCCGGAAGAGUUUAAAACUUCAGUCUCUUUGGCUGUCUCUAGAUUAAGCAGAAUUGUGACAUCUGCAUCAACUGAUCUCCAGGAUUAUACUUAUUAUUUUGUCCCUGCUCCUUGGUUGUCUGUAAAGCUUUUGAGGCUGUUACAAUGCUAUCCACCUCCAGAAGAUGCUGCGGUACGAGGUCGUCUCACAGAAUGCCUGGAAACUAUCCUUAACAAAGCUCAAGAGCCCCCAAAAUCUAAGAAAGUGCAACACUCAAAUGCAAAGAAUGCUGUCCUAUUUGAGGCAAUAAGCUUAAUUAUACACCAUGACAGUGAGCCAAACCUGCUAGUCCGGGCCUGUAAUCAACUAGGACAGUUCUUGCAGCACCGGGAGACUAAUCUGCGUUAUCUAGCACUGGAAAGCAUGUGCACACUUGCCAGCUCUGAAUUUUCCCAUGAAGCUGUAAAAACUCAUAUAGAAACAGUUAUCAAUGCUUUGAAGACUGAAAGGGAUGUGAGCGUAAGACAAAGAGCAGUAGACCUCCUGUAUGCCAUGUGUGACCGAAGCAAUGCCCAGCAGAUUGUUGCCGAAAUGCUAAAUUACUUGGAGACUGCUGAUUAUUCCAUUCGAGAAGAAAUUGUACUGAAGGUUGCAAUUUUAGCUGAAAAGUAUGCCGUGGAUUAUACCUGGUAUGUGGAUACAAUCUUGAAUUUGAUUCGUAUUGCUGGGGACUAUGUCAGUGAAGAGGUGUGGUACAGAGUUAUUCAGAUUGUGAUUAACCGGGACGAUGUGCAAGGAUAUGCAGCAAAGACAGUCUUUGAGGCCCUUCAGGCACCAGCAUGCCAUGAAAAUCUGGUAAAAGUAGGUGGUUACAUCCUGGGAGAAUUUGGAAAUCUAAUAGCUGGUGACCCAAGAUCCAGUCCUCUGAUUCAGUUCAACUUGCUGCAUUCCAAGUUUCAUCUGUGUAGUGUCCCCACCCGUGCACUGCUUCUGUCUACCUACAUCAAGUUUGUGAACCUAUUUCCAGAAAUCAAAACUACCAUUCAAGAUGUACUGCGCAGUGACAGUCAACUGAAGAAUGCUGAUGUUGAACUACAACAGAGAGCCGUUGAGUAUCUGAGGCUCAGUACCAUUGCUAGUACUGAUAUCUUGGCAACUGUGCUAGAAGAAAUGCCUCCAUUUCCAGAGAGGGAAUCCUCCAUUCUGGCUAAGCUGAAGAAGAAGAAAGGCCCUGGCACAGUUACUGAUCUAGAAGAUAUCAAAAAGGAGAGGAAUUCUGACAUGAAUGGAGGCACUGAAUCCACCCCUGUUAAUGCCAGUACUGCGUCUACACCUUCUCCAUCAGCAGAUCUUCUGGGCCUUGGUGCAGCUCCUGUUACCAGCUCUGCUCCUCCACCUUCAUCUACUGGCAGUUUGUUGGUGGAUGUAUUUUCAGACUCUGCUUCCGUGGUUGCACCUCUUGCUCCAGGCUCUGAAGAUAAUUUUGCAAGUUCUGACCUGGCUUCAUCUGAGGUAGUUUCUGAGGAACCAGCUGAUACUGUGCAUGAUGCCGAUGAGCUUUUUCACAAGUUUGUAUGUAAAAAUAAUGGAGUUUUGUUUGAAAAUCAGCUGCUACAGAUUGGACUGAAAUCUGAAUUUCGACAGAAUUUAGGUCGGAUGUUUAUAUUUUAUGGUAAUAAGACUUCUACUCAGUUCUUGAAUUUUACUCCAACACUAAUCUGUUCAGAUGAACUUAAGUCAAGCCUGAACCUGCAAACAAAACCAGUGGACCCCACAGUGGAAGGUGGUGCUCAGGUGCAGCAAGUUGUCAAUAUUGAGUGCAUAUCAGACUUUAUGGAAGCGCCGAUCCUAAACAUUCAAUUCAGAUAUGGGGGAACAUUUCAAAAUAUUUCAGUAAAACUACCAAUCACACUGAACAAAUUUUUCCAACCUACAGAGAUGGCCUCUCAAGACUUCUUUCAGCGUUGGAAACAACUGAGCAAUCCUCAGCAAGAAAUGCAGAAUAUCUUUAAAGCAAAGCAUCCAAUGGAUACAGAGAUUACAAAGGCAAAGAUCAUUGGAUUUGGCUCUGCACUCCUUGAAGAGGUAGAUCCCAACCCUGCAAAUUUUGUUGGUGCUGGUAUAAUACACACAAAAACCACCCAGAUUGGAUGUUUACUACGUCUUGAACCAAACCUUCAGGCACAGAUGUAUAGACUCACACUACGAACAAGUAAAGAAACCGUAUCUCAGAGAUUAUGUGAACUGCUCUCAGAACAGUUUUAAUAGUAGCAAGAUCAGUCCAGUUUCUCCAUUUCUGCCAUAGUUGUCCUCAUCCUACUGCAAAUAAUGUCUUGUACGUCAGUGUCUAAGUACUGCAACAUUACCCACCAUCAACUCCCUGCCUUAAGUCUUGUCCCUUUCAUAUGAAAUUAAGGAUAUAAAAUGUACGGUAUAAAAGGACUUCUAGAUCUAAAAAAAAUCAUGUAUUUUUAGCUUAUGCCAUAGAAAGGAUGUGGGAGGUGCCUGAGCUCAAUUUUUUUUGAAGAAGUUGGGCUUUUAAAAUGUUAACAAAAGGGAAAUGGAUUAUUUUCAUUGAAAUGCCACUGUAUAUUGCUGAUAGCAUGGUGCUUUAGUGCCUUUACUAAAUGCACCUUUCUGCUUUGCGCUAAAAGAAACCAAAUGUAAAGUUGAGUAAAUUUAAUACAUAUGUUAGCUUAAGAUCAGAUUAAGCAAUCUACAAGAAAUUGAUAUGACGCUUCUGUUCUGGAUUAAGAUCUCCAGAGUGAUGUGACUAGUUGACUGAACUUAUGAGUGGAGUUUCUUAAAGCUAUUGGAACCAAGGUUAUGAUGGGUAGAGAGGACAGAUUCCGAGGUAUGUUUUUUUUAAAUCUUGUUGUUCAGUCAGAACACUGCCAUAUCACACAGUAGAAUAUAUUGCUUAGUCAAUGUAGUAUAAAUAUUCAGUUGACUUCUACUGCACAUGUACAUUUUUAUAAGAGGAGGGGGAUGGAAGAAGUUGAAAAUGAAUUGAAUGUGAAAUGUGUUCGAGUCAAUAUUAGGUUAUUCAUCUAUACCAUCUAUUUUUUUCACGUUGAGAAAAGCACUACCUUUGUGUUCCUGUUCAGAGUCAAAUGGAGCAACCGAGGAUAGAAAGGUUGUCCAUUUAUUUCUAUGUUCCCUGUCAUAUUGUUCCUUUGUAACAUUGAUGGCAUAGUUAACACUGCAUUAGUCACGGAGAGCAGGUUAUGAUCAUGCGAUACCACAACAAAAGAGAGAGCUUAGGGAGAAGUCAUCCUAUCUGAUCUGCAAGUGCAUCUGAAUUUUAGGAAAUGGAAGCACAAGAUCUAUUUUUAAACAAUAUUUACUCAGAUAACAUUUGUUUGCUUGGCGCUGAACAAUUAAUAUCUAUAUAGUUCCUUCUCUGCAGUGCAGAGAAGCAUAGUAGUGGUGAGAUGAAUCUCCUACAGUCGGUUAGGCAUGUCUGUUGGUUUCUUUUGAGGUUGGGAGUAGAAAGGCUACAAUCAGCUUUUACAGUGGCUUUCCCAACUGUAUGUAUUGCUCAUUGUUCUACCACAGCAAAGAUUUGCAUCUUCUCUGAAGAAAUCAAUUAAGGCAUAGUUAUCCUGUUUAUAUCCUUCAGACUUAAGUUAUUGAAGCAGAUUGGGCUCUGCAGUUUAAUUGGCAGCUAUCAAUAGUAGGAAAGUAUGGGACUGAUUUUAAUGCGAAGGAGCAUGUCUAUCACCACUGGAGUCACAAGUUACAAGCAUCCCCACACACUCAAGCCCUGUAAAAUUAAUCUUUAAGUCAACAUAUCACUGUCUUUCGGUGUAUACGUUUGUAACCAAGCACCCCAUACCAUGAUGGCUUGAGAUGCAGUACUUAUCAGAUGUUGGAAACGCAUAUGAAAUGAGGCUUCUGUUAUCAUGCAGCACAGUGUACUUGUGAUAAAUUGCGUUCUGCAUGACUGAACAUGCUUGUGACUUCUUACUCAGGCAGUGGAACUGGAAAGGAAUGAACUUGGUUUAAUCAAGGGCCAAUGAUAUAUUUUGAAUGCAAGUUAAAAAUGAAAGACACAAUCCUCCAAAAGCAACUCGAGAUUGUGGAUGCCACAAUUUACGGGAGCCCAAGUUGAGACUGCUUACCAGGGCCAAUUUUUCUGGCAGUGUUGAGUACCUUUGCCGAAAAUUAGCCCCUUUAGGGUGUCUCCGGUUGGGCACCAAAAAAAACCUUUAAUCACUUCUCGUACAAGCAACUUUGUCUAGGUAAACAAGCACACUAUGCUAAACUAUUUUCUGAAUGUCAGUUAAAAAUAAAGGACAGUAAUUAAGACCAAUGAAGUCCCAAAUGACCCUUUGUUGAGGGGUGGUGGUCCCAAGAAAGUCCUUUUAAUGGGCACAUUUUAGUACCCUUGGAACCCUAUGCUGUUGUUUGCUCUAUUAUAAAAUUUUGAGAUAUUAAACCAUGCUAUGUUAAAGUUAGUGCUGCAGCAGAUGCAAGGAAAGAGCUGCUAUUUCAUUCUUCCAAAACCUAUUGUACAUCUUUCCCUCUUGAAAUACAGAUCCUAUACUUUCAUUAAAGGACACCCUGGGACACUGUU